GCUUAAGCAUUUGUGCCACUAUUUCUCUUCUUCUUAGCUUACCUUCACACUCUCCCACUUUCUAUUCCCCACUCAUUCCAACACGCUCUUCUAUCUCUCAGAAUCUUCCCAAAAAUUGCAGCUACUCUAUUAAUUCCAUCAUCCCUAUCUUUCUCUACCUUCAAUCUCUGAUCUUCUCAUCCAAUUCAAGAUUGCAGGAGGAUUGAUUAGUUGGAUCGGAAUGAGUAGUUUAAGGCCUGAAUUGCAUGUUGCACAGCAAAUUCGGCGUGACAAGCUCAGAUUCCAGAAUCUACAACAAGAUUUCCCAACAAACCUUGAAGAACAAAUUUCACUUCACCAACAAGAUUCCAGAAUCUACAACAUGCUUGAUGAUGUUGAACAACCACCACCACAACAACAAUCUCUCUAUUCAUCACAUUAUUAUGCUUCUUCAUCCCCACAACAAUGUAUGAUUAAUAACAACUGUUACUAUUACUCGGGUAAUUUUGCAACACUAAGUCCUAGUGUGGCUAAUAACCAUAACCAUAUAGUGACGGUUGCACAUUAUUCUUCUUCACAGAAUAGUAGUAGUAGUAAUAAUAAUGCAGCUUUACAAGAUAUUCUGAAUCUUAAGCCAGCUUCUAAUAACUCAGAAAUGGCUUCAUCACUCAUGCAUCAUCCUUAUGUUAUUGACAAUUAUACCCCUACUGCUGCUGCUGGUGGUGGUUGGAAUAAUCAUAAUAAUAAUCAUAAUCAGGGGUUGUCCUUAUCACUCUCAUCAUCAUCACCAUUAUCACAUCAUCAUAGUCAAAAUGUUCAUGUGAAAUCUUCUACUACUACUACUAAUCCAAUGAUGAUGAAGCCAUCAAGUUACUAUUACAGAAACAGUGUUGGUCCACUAGGUCCAUUCACGGGAUAUGCAACAAUCUUGAAGAGUUCAAGGUUCUUGAAGCCAUGUCAAAAGUUGUUAGAUGAAUAUUGCCGCCGCCAUUCUGCUCCAUCAACAUCAGAAUGGCCUUCUACUACUACUUGUGCUGAUGAUGAUGAUGAUGAUCGAAGUGAUCAUGGGUUACUUGUUUCUGAAAAGGGAGGACGUAGUAGUAAUAAUAAUAAUAAUAAUAAUGUUGCAGCAGCAGGUUCUUCUUCAUCUUCUUCCAUGUUCCAUGCCCCUUCUUCUUCUCCUUCUCGGCCAGAGUGCCAAAAGAAUAAGGCCAAACUACUGUUCAUGCAAGAAGAGGUUACAAGGAGAUACAAGCAAUACCAUCAACAAAUGCAAAUGGUGGUUUCAUCCUUUGAGACAGUGGCAGGCCUCAAUUCUGCAACCCCAUACGUUUCCUUGGCGCUCAAGUUAGUAUCAAAGAACUUCAAGUCCCUAAAGAACUCCAUCUCCAGUCAGCUCAAGCUUAUAUGUGAAGCCUUGGGAGAGGAUUAUCCGACAAUGCCGCCGGCCCCGGCGAGUACUAGUAACCGAUUCGAGUCGAACAUGGCGAGGUUACAGAGGAACAAACCCGGUGGUGGUGGGGGUAAUAUGGACUUUGAACCUCAACAACAUGUUUGGAGGCCGCAGCGCGGCUUACCGGAGCGCGCCGUGGCCAUCCUUAAAGCAUGGUUGUUUGAGCAUUUUCUUCAUCCGUACCCCACGGACACAGAUAAACAUAUGCUAGCUACUCAAACUGGUCUAUCAAGAAAUCAGGUAUCAAAUUGGUUCAUAAAUGCUAGAGUCCGGGUAUGGAAGCCAAUGGUUGAGGAAAUUCACAUGCUCGAAACAAAAGGCGCCAAUCAGAUUUCUAGUAAUAGAAUAAUGGGGGAGGGAACUUCAGCCUCCGAUGAAAGUAGCAACCAUGCCAAAGUAUUAGUUGACCAACCUCUUCGGUGUUUGGAAAUGGGAUCAUCAUCAUCAUCCUUGGCCAAUGCCACGGAGGAAAAUGAUGACAUACAUCAUCAUGAAGAGGUGCAAUGGAGUCAAGAGAAGAGGUCUAAAUUGGAAUGCAUGGAUGGGACAUUCAUGGGUUUGAUGCCGUUCCGCAGCGCCGGCGUCGGCGCCGAGGUUGGGGGACUUGGACCUGUGUCAUUAACUUUGGAAUUAAGGCAUGGAGUUGAAGGAUCACAACAACAACAACAAGAGAUUCAACAUCAUGAGGAGCAGCUUAGACACCACUUUGGAGGGCACAUGAUUCAUGAUUUCGUAGGGUAAUUAGGAACAUCACGUGCCAAGCGCGUGACGAUGGGUAAACCUCUAUAUUCUCAUCAUAUUGGACAAAGAUUUAAUUUGCUUAAUUGAUAAAGAAAUUAAAGGGAUGGAAGGGGUAAUGUAGAUACUAGUUUAUUGGGUGUUAUAUUAUUAUUAGAGGUAUAAUUAUUCAUGC